CUAGUGAUCAUGUCUUGCAUAAUGGCCGCUAGCGGAGGCCUCAUGUUCGGUUAUGAUGUUGGUAUUUCAGGGGGUGUUACAUCCAUGCCUCCUUUCCUGAAACAAUUCUUCCCGGUUGUUUAUAAGAAGACUCAAGAGACUGGACUUGAGAGCAACUACUGCAAAUACGAUAAUCAAGGCUUGCAGUUGUUCACAUCUUCCUUGUACCUCGCUGCUUUAAUUGCCACCUUCUUCGCGUCGUACACAACCCGAGUCCUGGGCCGAAAGCUAACCAUGUUUAUUGCUGGGGUUUUCUUUGUAGUCGGAACAGUUUUUAAUGCUGCAGCUGUUAACCUUGCCAUGCUUAUCAUAGGGAGGAUCUUGCUUGGUUGUGGAGUUGGUUUUGCUAACCAGGCAGUGCCGCUUUUUCUUUCGGAGAUUGCACCCACAAGAAUUCGCGGGGCACUUAACAUACUCUUCCAGCUAAAUAUCACCAUUGGCAUUCUUUUCGCAAAUCUUAUCAAUUAUGGAACUGCCAAAAUUGAAGGGGGAUAUGGAUGGAGAGUGUCACUAGGUUUGGCUGGCAUUCCGGCAGGUUUGCUGACUGUUGGGUCUCUCAUUGUGGUAGACACACCUAACAGUUUGAUCGAACGAGGUAAGUUGGAGGAAGGAAAAGCAGUUCUUAAAAGGAUUAGGGGUGUUGACAAUGUGGAUCCAGAAUUCUUAGAGAUUGUGGAGGCAAGUCGU